AUGGAAUCUCUUAACUCUCACGAUCAUAUUAGUGGUGAAAAGAAGCAUGUCUCCAUGGGUGUGGAACAUGAGUUGAAUCCCGAGGCUCAUAACGAUUCUAACUCCGACUCAUAUGGUCUCCCACAAUUGUCUGAAAAAUACGAUGCCUUGAGACAGAACAGAAGCCUGAUUAUCCAGCAGACUGAAAUUAUUGGCUCUGCUUACAACAGUUGGUACUUACAAGCAAUCUUACUUUUAAGUGCUUUUAUAUGUGGCUACGGUUACGGGCUGGACGGUAACAUCCGUUAUAUUUAUACUGGUUACGCCACAUCUUCCUAUAGUGAGCAUUCUUUGCUGUCUACCAUCAACGUCAUCAAUGCCGUGGUCAGUGCCGCCUCACAAAUCAUCUACGCCAGGUUGUCUGAUGUAUUUGGCAGGCUAUACCUUUUCAUUAGUGCUGUUAUCCUGUACGUUGUUGGCACAAUAAUUCAAUCACAAGCUUAUGAUGUUCAAAGAUACGCUGCAGGUGCUAUUUUCUACAAUGCUGGCUAUGUGGGUGUAAUCUUGAUUCUCCUGAUUAUACUAUCCGAUUUUUCAUCUUUAAAGUGGAGACUGCUAUAUCAAUUUGCCCCCACUUGGCCUUUUAUCAUCAACACAUGGAUUGCUGGUAACAUCACUUCCAGGGCCAAUCCUAUUGUGAACUGGUCUUGGGAUGUGGGUAUGUGGGCUUUCAUCUUUCCUCUUUCAUGUAUCCCAAUCGUUCUGUGCAUGUUGCACAUGCAGUGGAGAGCUAGAAAGACUCCUGAAUGGCACGCUUUGAAGGGCCAAAAAUCCUAUUACCAAGAGCAUGGUCUUGUCAAGAUCGUAAAGCAAUUGUUUUGGAUGUUAGAUGUCAUUGGUGUUCUCUUGAUGGGUUGCUCUCUAGGCUGUAUCUUGGUCCCACUGACUUUGGCUGGUGGUGUCAAGACUACUUGGAAUGAUUCAAGACUGAUUGGCCCCUUUGUUCUUGGUUUUGUUUUGAUUCCGAUUUUAUGGAUUUGGGAAUAUAGAUAUGCUAGAGAUCCAAUUCUUCCAUAUAAGUUGGUCAAGGAUAGGGCUGUUUGGUCUUCUAUGGGUAUUUCUUUCUUGAUUGAUUUCAUUUAUUAUAUGGCUGCAGAUUAUUUGUAUACAGUUAUGAUUGUUGCUGUCAAUGAAUCUGUUAAAUCUGCAACCAGAAUUUCCACAUUAUCUUCAUUUGUCUCUACUGUGGCUUCUCCAUUUUUCGCUUUACUUGUAACAAGAUGCACGAGAUUAAAACCAUUCAUCAUGUUUGGCUGUUCGUUAUGGAUGGUCGCCAUGGGUUUAUUGUACCACUUUAGAGGUGGUAGUCAAUCGCAUUCAGGUAUUAUUGGUGCAUUAUGUGUCUGGGGCGUGGGUACUACUUUGUUCACUUACCCAGUCACCGUCUCUGUACAAUCUGCCGUUUCGCACGAAAACAUGGCGACAGUUACUGCUUUGAACUAUACACUCUAUAGAAUUGGUUCUGCUGUUGGUUCUGCGGUUUCCGGUGCCAUUUGGACUCAGACUCUGUACAAACAAAUUUUGAAGAGGAUGGGCGAUGUUGCUUUAGCCACAGCUGCCUACGAAUCCCCAUAUACUUUCAUUGAAACCUAUACAUGGGGUACUCCACAAAGGGUGGCCUUGAUGAACGCUUAUAAAUACGUUCAAAGAUUGGAAACUAUUGUCGCUUUGGUGUUUUGUGUCCCAUUAAUUGCAUUUUCCUUAUGUCUAAGAGACCCUAAAUUAACCGACACGGUUGCCGUGGACUACAUCGAGGAUGGUGAAUAUGUCGAUACCAAGGACAGUGACCCAAUCUUGGAAUGGUUCGAAAAAAUUCCAUCAAAAUUCACUUCUAAACGGGACUAA